AUGUGGGCAAUGGCCAAGCUGGCGUUUGUGAGCUCGGGCCUGCUGAAUGAGUUAUGUAGACGUUGCAUCGUCAAGCUCGAUGAGUCUGUCACGCAGGAUAUUUCAAACACAGCGCAGUCAAGCACCCGCUCAAUGAUUCGAGAUCAGAUGCUGUGGAAGGCAUCAUCCGAAGCUGGUCAGAAGAUGGUGGAGCAUUUUGCGCCACAGAAGAUUUCCAACACUGCAUGGGCCCUCGCAACCAUCGAAGUUUCGGACCCACGCCUGUUCGACAAGCUUGCCUUCCAGGCAGUUCAGAAGCUCAGUGAGUCUAGUGCUCAGGACAGGGCAAACACAGUCUGGGCUUUUGCAAAGCAGGAGGCCCUGAAGAUGCAUCUUAUGGAUGCCGCUGGAGCUGCAUGCAUGGCCAACAUCACCCAAUGCACCCAGCAACACCUGUCCAACGUAGCCCGGUCCUUUGGCAAGCUUCUUGUCAACAAUGGUGCCUUGACAGAUCUCCUAUGCACCAGCAUCCAGGAGAGGAUUACAGAGGCACAGGCCCAGACACUCUCCAGCAUGGCCUGGUCCAUGGCAAGGCUGGUGGCAAAGGGCCGGAAGUCUCUGGCAUCGGCUUCGGAAGCAUCCCUCGCCCGUAUGCCAUCUUUCGGUCCACAGGAAACUGCUAACAGCUCCUGGGCGUUUGCAAUGUCGGUGGCAACGGAUCUUCCUUUGUGUAACGGUCUGGCUGAUGCGGCCAUCUCAGCCUUGCCUUCUUUUUUGGUACUGCAUCUCUCCAACACGCUGUGGGCUUUUGCAGCUUUGUCCAUGCAGCACCCGCAGCUGGUGGAAGCGGUUGGCAACGCUGGAGUGUCAAAAAUCUCCGCCUUUGGCACCCAAAGUCUUUCUGCUACGGCGUGGUCUUGUACGAAGUUGCAGCUCUUCAGCGAGACCUUGCUCCAGGUAGUCGCCUCAGAAGCUGUGACCAAGAUCGAGGCCUUCGCUGCGCAGAAUCUGGCGAACACCUCUCGGGGCUUCGCAAAGCUUCUCGCCAAAGCCGACCCGCUUAUGAUGGCGAUUGCCUCCCGUGUGGCCGUCUUGCAGGAGGCCAUUCCAAAGGAGCUCUCCAGCGCAGCUCGGGCUUCUGCCAAGCUGGCAUACGAGGAUGAGGAGUUCUUUGACUCGAUCGCAUCCGCGGCCAUGGCGAGGAUCAACCAGUGUGAUGCGCAGUCCCUCUCCAACUUGGCCCGGGCUUUCGCCACAGCGGUGCUCCAACCUGGGCCAGUGCUCCCUGCGACCGCAAAGGCAGCCCUGGCAAAGCUGCACACUUUCGACGCCCAAGAGCUGGCAAACACGGUCUGGUCAUUGGCGAAGUUGUUGCUUGUGGAUCGGCCAUUGUGUGAUGCCAUCGCCGCAGCUGCAAUGGCCAGCCUUGCAAACUUCGUUUCACAGAAUCUCACCAAUGCUGCUUGGGCAUCUGCCUCUUUGGGCCUCCGCAGCAAGGCGUUGAUGGAGGCCAUCGCAGAGGCAGCCCUUCGGACCUGCAGCCAACUGAUCCCACAGGAGGCUGCGAACUUGGCAUGA